GAGAGCAAGGACAGGACAGAGAGCUUCAACUGGAUGCUGACAGAAUCAGAAUUCGAGAAUUCAGUCUAUAAUUGUGCACCUUGCUGACUGGUUCUGUGCCAGUUUAACGCGAGCCCUUGCCUGGACAGCACGGCCAGUGCAAGCAAAAAGCUAAAUAAAUUAAAACAAUAAAGAACAAAAAAUAUGUACUCCCUAAUUCAUUAAAGCAGAAAAAACCCACAAAAUAAAAAACACAGACUACACAACGAGUUAGAUACGCACAACAACAACAUUUCGUUGCAAAAUCGCAUGCUAGAAAAUUUGAAAAUAUAAAAGCUAAACCAAAAACAAAACAAAAUCAAUUCAAAAUUAAAUUCUAAAAGUUGCAUCAAAUUAAAACACACACAUCUAUAUAGAGAACUCAAUAAUAAAGCCAAGAUUAAAACCAAGUUAAACCCAAAAACCAAAAAACCAAAUACAACAAAUUAAUUACAAUUGUGAUGAACAAGUUAAUUGCAUCAAUUGCAGCACAUAAACACUCAAGCAUUUAAAAUAGCUUAAACCGAAACAAAAGUAUAUAUCUGCUGCCCAGGCAGGCUCAAUUAAAAAGGAUACAAUAAUUUAUUGCCACAUCAACUCAGCGUGGGAUGCGAAUGCAGUUGCAGAUGCAGAUACUGAAACAGAUACAGAUGCAGUUGCAGAUACAGAUGCAGAUUGGAUAUUGGACGAAUCGGACACAUUAUAUUACCAGUGAUAGCAACAGAAUUUACAUAACCAUUAAUGAAUAAUAGAGGACAGUAAUAAGCGAAUAGGAGUAACCCCAAUCCGACAAACCAAAUUGUUGUAGACUUUCUUGUUGUUGAUUAAUCAUAAUUAAAUAGAAGUUGUUGUUGGAAAAGCUGUGAUCGCAGACGGAUACAUGACAAAGCACAAACCAUUGUUAACAAACUGAAACAGAAGAGACGCACACAGAGAGAGAGAGAUAGAGUUAAAACCAUAAACCUGUAAGCAAUGCUUGUUGGCCCAAACAGUGAGAACAGCCGCAACAUAAGCCACAACAACACUGGCAACACUGGCAACACACUGGCAACCACUCCUGGCCUAAAGCGCAUAUCAAAAGGCUAGAAGGUGCAGGGCAGCACAGGAGGGGGGUGCAAUCGAAGUAAUCCCCGAAAGGACACAACAUUUACCCGCGCCACUCGUCGCCACCGCCCCCGCACCGCCUGCAAUGCUCUGGUAGCCAAGACAGUUUUACGGUGGAUCACUACUGCGCCGGCGGCGACCCACAAGCGGCGGCGGCACCUGGACCUGGAGCGGCUGGAUCUGGAGCGGGCGGCGGCGGCGGCGGCGUUGGGCCAUCGCAGCAGGCGGGUCAAUGGUCCAAUGCGGCGAUCGGCGGUGGCGUUGGCGUUGGCGUGACCUCUUGCGGCGGCGGUGGUGGCGUUGGUAUAGUGCCACAAAACCAUCAUUCCAUUGGCAUGUGCCAGCAUCAUGGGCUGACAUCACAGUCGUUGAUGUCCGGUGGCUCGCACAUCUCACUGCUGGGCAGCAGCGGCAGCAGCGGUAUGAGCGGCAGCGGCGUCGGCAGCAGCGGUCAGAGUGUGCCCCAAUGUCCGGCCGCUGUGGCAGCCGCGGAUGCUGCCGCCAUGCUUGCCACCACCAAUGCCACCGGCGGCCAUUGUCGCAGCUUGAGCGGCUUGAGCUCGAUCAGCAUACCGCCGCCGCCGCCGGCGCUCUUCAAUCCGUGCAGCUCGGCGCUGUCGCUGCAGCAGGCGGCGGUAACCAGGUGGGGACCGCGCACCUCCUGCCCGGUCCACAGUCCGUUCCGUGUGCGCGUGCCGAACGGCUCCAUCUGCUCCGGACACCAGGCUCUGCUCCAUAGCCACGAUGUGGUGGCCCGGGAUGUCUACGGGGAGGAGGCGCUGCGCGUCACCCCGCCCCCGAUGGUGCCCUACCUCAAUGGCGACGAGCUGGACAACGUCGAGGGCGGCGAACUGCAGCAUGUGACCCGGGUGCGACUGGUGCAGUUCCAGAAGAACACGGACGAGCCCAUGGGCAUCACGCUGAAGAUGACCGAGGACGGGCGGUGCAUUGUGGCCAGGAUUAUGCACGGCGGGAUGAUUCAUCGCCAGGCCACGCUGCACGUGGGCGACGAGAUACGGGAGAUCAACGGGCAGCCGGUGCAGCACCAGUCGGUUGGCCAAUUGCAACGAAUGCUGCGCGAGGCACGCGGUUCUGUUACCUUCAAGAUAGUUCCUUCGUACCGCAGCGCUCCGCCCCCCUGCGAGCUUUUCAGGAUCAGACCCGCUCCGGUGCUUAUAUUCGUGCGCGCCCAAUUCGAUUAUAAUCCGCUGGAUGAUGAGCUUAUACCCUGCGCCCAGGCGGGCAUAUCGUUCCAAGUGGGCGACAUACUCCAGAUCAUUAGCAAGGACGACCAUCACUGGUGGCAGGCGCGACUGGACACGGUGGGCGGAUCGGCAGGACUGAUACCGUCGCCGGAGCUGCAGGAGUGGCGGAUCGCCUGCCAGACGGUCGACAAGACCAAGCAGGAGCAGGGAGAACCGGGUGCUGGAUGUUCCGCUCACGCAGAUGGGUGUGAUGGAUCAGCAGUUAACUGCUCCAUCUUCGGGCGCAAGAAGAAGCAAUGCCGGGACAAAUAUCUGGCCAAGCACAAUGCCAUCUUCGAUACGCUCGAUGUGGUCACGUACGAGGAGGUUGUCAAGGUGCCAGUUGGCGACCCGAACUUUCAGCGCAAGACGUUGGUGCUCUUGGGUGCUCAUGGAGUCGGCAGGCGGCACAUCAAGAACACCUUGAUAUCGAAGUAUCCCGACAAGUACGCCUAUCCCAUACCACAUACAACGAGACCUGCCAAACCCGAGGAGGAGAACGGACGCAGCUAUUACUUUGUCUCGCACGAUGAAAUGAUGGCGGACAUCGGUGCGAAUGAGUACUUGGAAUACGGCACCCAUGAGGACGCCAUGUACGGCACCAAGUUGGACACCAUCCGGCGGAUUCACACCGAGGGCAAGAUGGCCAUAUUGGAUGUGGAGCCGCAGGCACUGAAGAUACUCCGCACCGCCGAGUUCACGCCCUACGUUGUCUUUAUAGCAGCGCCCUCACUGCAAAACAUAGCAGACUAUGACGGCAGCCUGGAGCGAUUGGCCAAGGAGUCGGAGAUGCUGCGCCAGCUAUAUGGUCACUUUUUCGAUCUGACGAUUGUGAACAACGACAUUAGCGAGACGAUUGCCACGCUGGAGACGGCCAUCGACCGGGUGCACACCACCCCGCAGUGGGUGCCCGUGUCCUGGCUGUACUGACAAGACAGCGAACUGGAAUGCCCCGACUGCCUCGAGGGCUGUGACUGCGAGUGGGACGCCUACACGCAGGCCUCCAACGUAGCCCUGUACUGAGGCACACAUGCAGAUGCAAAUGAGCACGACGAUGCAGAUACACGCCACAUCACGACACCACCACACCAUUAAAGUAUUACCAAGGCACAAGCAACAGCAGCAGCAGCAGCAGCAACAGCAACUGAAGAAGCAACACAGCAACCACUACGAGAGAUGACAGUCAGGACUGGAAGAUAGAAGGCGCCUGGCGCCGAGCUAUAUAAUUUAAGAAUAAAUGGGUAUUAUGGGAACUGCGGUCGCAACGCAACGCAACGCAAAGACAAAACGUGUGUGUUAAACGACAGACAACCAAUUGUAUUUGCCUCUAUUAUAUUUUGUUUUCUGUUUUAACAGUAUGUUUAUUUUGUAUUAAUUUUUAACCGAUUGUAUUUGCCAUUCCAUGCUCAAUGUGUUAUAUUUUACGAUUAUUGUUUUGUUGUAUUAUUUGUUUUAUUCUGCAUUUAGUCAAAACAGCAUUAAACGCUUAUGUAAAUCUUGCACUUGUUAGUGUCUAAGUUAACUGGAGUUAGACAAAUGGAAACCGAAGUACUCAAAAUUGUUUUUACCUAACGAUUAUUUUCGGUAAGAGUCUUGUGUGCGCAGGUAGGGCGUUGAACGAGUUAGUAAAUUAUAGAAAAACUACGUAAUUAAAUAUAAUUAAACAUAGACACAAGGAGACACAACUCAGCAAAAAGAACACGAAGACCAUACAAAAAAAAAUAAACAAAUUACGAUGUGAGCAAUUUCAAGUGUUUCAAGCCAAGUAAGAACUAAUUAAUAACAUAUGGAAGAUCAACUGAAGACAGUGGUGAAGCAAAGUGCACGUUUUAAAUGCAAUAAAAAAGAAAGGUAACAGAAAAACAAAAAAUAUAUAAUUAAUUCAGAUCACAACACUUACACACGGAGGAAAAGAAAAAAAAACACCUAUAAAAAACCAAAAUACCAAAUUGUUGACGUUUAAUUGAAUUCCAUGAGAAAUGAGUAAACCACAAAAAACAAAAUGCAAUCAAACAUAAUAAAACGAAAAAUACAUAAUAAUAAUUGCAGCCGCGUUUAAUUCAAGCAAAAGCAAAUUAAACAAAUGGAAAAAAACAUAGAGUGAGCACAAAACACACAUACUAACUGCAAUUACGAAUUAAAAUAAUUAGCGAAAGGAUGUGGAGAUUGCAGGUCAACGCAAAACAGGCAGAUAAACCGUAUAAAUAUAUAUGAAAAAUAAAUAAAAAAAAAAAAAGAAAACAAGAUGAAAGUAGGAAAUUCAGAAAAUAUGUAUACACAACACAUAUAUAUAUUUUUCGAACAACUCAAACUCAGGUUGGAUACAUUGAAAAUCAGUCAAGUUCAAUAAGAAUAAUAUAGCGGAGCGCUUCCUUUUAACCCACAGCCAAAAAAAAAGAAAACGAGAACUCAAUUAGGAGACCCAAAAACCGAAUCGAAUCGAAAUCGAGUCGAAUCGAAUAAGAUCCUAAGUCGCUUUGCAUUGAAUUGAAUUGAAUUGAAUUAAUCGUACACCCACUGGCCCAGUAACCACCCAAGCAAGCAGCAGCUUCAAAUUUUCGAGAUACUUUACAAACGACACCGACAAACUGUCUUAGCAAUGAAGAAACCUGGCAUUUUUUUUAGUGCAGCUUCAUGAUCAGCAACCAGCGCUCAGUAUUUUCGCUUUUUUCCCUCACUGUAGUAGAAAUUUUGAAAUUUUUUAUUAGCUUCCCUCACAUAGAGCUUCUGAGAUGGACGAAUCAUAAACAGAAACAGAAACAGAAACAGAAUUUAGACUACGACUACGGAGUGCACAUGCAAUCACAUACUAUACGUAGUUGAUGAUGUAGUUACUUUGGGUUAGGAUCGCAUCGAAGAUACAUCACAGACACACACUUGAGAUCGAACUUAGUAGUAAAGCAAACAAAAACACAUUUGUAUACACGUGCCACACAAUUCUCUAUUCUCUAGCUGUCCCUCAAAAAAACAAUUUAAGCCUGAGCUUAUAUUCGAGCCCAACCAACCACACGACCCACUUGAAUUUCCCAACCGCACACCACACAAGAUGAUGAACAUACUUAUAUCCAGAACAAUUCUAUGGUUUCAAAAUGGUUGAACAAUUUUGCAUAGAGUAUUAUCGUUAGACGCUGGGCUAUAACUUUUCGGUUCUGAGCGUGGAUGAAGAUGAAGAUGAAUGGAGUGAGGCAAUGCAAAUCAUAGAAGUAUCCCAAAAAAAAAAAGGAAAAGAAGAACAACCGAACCUACCCAAAAAACUGAAGAACUAACUACCUACCCACAACCACAAAUGCAGCCAAGUGGCCAAAUUAACUAAGUAUUAUACCUUAAAGCGAACGAUAGAUCGAACGAACGUGACGAGAUAAAAUGAGAUGAGAUGAGAUGAUAUAGGAGGAGGAACCUUAUAGAAGACACGGCUUGAGAUGGACGUAUGUACAUUUUUUGAAGCUCCCCCAAAACCAGGCUAAGUGUGCCAGAAAACACCAAAAUCGAUGAAAUGAUUAGGAAAAAAGAAUGCUCAAAUCAAAAUCUUAUAUUUUACGGUAUUACAAUGAUUAGGAACGAUUGAAAAGAAUUGCAAAUUGGGGGGAAAAACGAUACCGAUAGAGAUAGAGAGUAUCCCGAGAUUGAGCUAGGAUUUCAAAGGAUUUCGAAGAAUUCGUUUCGUACUUUUACUUGAUCCUUUUUUCUUAGCCGAUGCGAGCAGAUUGUAGCUGUACUCUAAGAAUAAUUUCACACUAAGAUUAAGUAAAAAUUUAUUGUUGAUAUUACAUAAAAAAAAAGAUGAUGAUGAAAAAGCAGAAGUGAGAUGAACACGGUCACGUAAACCAAAUGAAUUAGAAUUUUUCUCUAAUUUCAUAAGUCAAUGAUGAAGAUGAUGAUGAUGAUGAUGAUAUGAUAGAGAGGGUAACGAUGGUGAAGAUGAGUUGAAAAUGCUUAUGAUCUCCAAUGUCAAUAUGUGUAGAUUGACGCGAUUUGAGCUAAUUGAGUGAAUUGUUAUUAUAAUAAUAAAUGAAGAAUGAAAUGAAUGGAUCGGCAGAUCGAUCGAUCGUUUGGGGCGCAAAAGGCCGCGGUGUUAGUAAAUAUCAUUUAAAAUAAAUGAUAAAAAUGUCAUUAUAUAUACAUAGUUUAAACAUGGGAUUAAUAAUAAUAAAUUAAAAUGAAAAAGUAAACGUAAAUGGAAAUGGAAAUGGAAGAGAACCGACGAAACUGGAAUGAGAAUUAAAUAAAAACGAGUAAACACUGAAAUACCGAAUUUUAAAUACAUAAGUUUUGAAUCAUGCAUGCUGCAAAGACAAAGCAAAACCCACACAGAAACCGAAACAAAAGUAAUAAAAUGAACUUCUAUAUAUGAAAAGAGAAAAAUAUACGAGAGAUACAAUUUCAA